AUAUAUAAUCUGCUACACCCUGCAGCGGAACUUAAUUGCACGUAAUCCGCUACAGGUUAUCGCGGAUUACGUUGAGGGCGGAGUUACUCAUAAACCGCUACACCCUGUAGCGGUUUAUGACCAAAUGGCGUUUCUGCAUAAUCCGCUACACCCUGUAGCGGAUUAUGAGUAUAGUGGUGUGUCUAUAUAUACCGCGUGAGGCUGUAGCGGAAAUCAUUUGAGUUAUUUUGGAAAGAAAGUUAGAGAGAGAAAGUAGAGAGAAGGGAGAGAAAAUUCAAAUUCUUGAGUAGUUUGGAAGAAUGGAGGAUGAACGGCGGUUGUACCAGCUCGACGGCGUUGCUCACGUAGCCGGAACCAUCGAUGCAGAGCCAACCCGAUGUGUGUAUAGCGUCCGUAGGCAACAGAAUAUGCCGUUACAUGAUAGGAUCAUACCUUACUUAGAGAGGGCUGGAUUGUACCACCUGGCUAGGCUGAACGCGUAUUGGUUCUGGUUGGAUGAACCUCUGGUCAGCGCAUUUAUCGAGAGGUGGCGGCCUGAGACCCACACUUUCCAUAUGCCAUUCGGAAAGUGUACUAUCACGCUCCAGGAUGUGGCAUACCAGUUUGGGCUGCCCGUGGAUGGCCAGGCUGUUUCCGGGUGCAUGAUAGACUUCCACAUGCACAUCGAGGGGGUCAGACUGGCAUGGGAGUGGUUCGAGGAGUUAUUUGGUGAGCUUCCGCCACCGGAUAAGAGAAAGUUAUACACAGUCCACUUCACAUGGUUUCAUGAACGGUUCAGGGUGUUACCAGCGGAUGCUUUGGAGGAGACCGUGCGCAUAUAUGCACGCGCGUAUAUUAUGAUGCUUCUGUCGACACAGCUGUUCAUGGACAAGAGUGCGAAUCGAGUCCACCUUCGCUGGUUGCCUUUUGUGGUGAGACUUGAUGAUAUGAGCAGCUAUAGCUGGGGCGCCGCUGCAUUGGCGUGGCUGUACCGAUGCAUGUGCAGGGUGACGAACAGAAACGUCACCAACUUGGCUGGACCCCUACAGUUGCUACAGUCAUGGAUCUUUUGGCGGUUCCCCACGCUGAGGCCGCCGGGUUUUGAUGCUUUCUCUUUUCCAUUGGCAUCCAGAUGGGCCACAUAUUUGUCCUCUUCUGAUGGAAAGGAACGGCGGAUUAUACAGUAUCGUCUGGCAUUGGAUCGACUGACUCAUCGAGAUAUUGUGUGGGAGCCUUAUGGUUCACUGGACGUACUGGCAGUCAUCCAUCCGGAGAUACUGACCGAGGAGCACAUCCGGUUAUGGCGGGCUGUCACCAGCCUGAUCUACUUUGCAGUUAUUGAGUGGCAUCAGGUAGACAGGGUCUUCCCACAGCUAGGGGGCGUACAGCAUUUGCCUGAGCCAGUGCUCAACAUAGAGUAUCUUCAUAGUAAGGACGGCAGGGGUGGAGAUAGAUGGUUUCCCACUUACUAUAGGACAUGGCGUCAGCAUUGGGAUGAGCGAGUUCGUUCUGUGUUGAGUGUCCAGAGAGUUCCUGAUCCUGGUCCAUCCCCUAAGUACCUGGACUGGUGGCACCAUGUUGCACAUAGGAUUCUGUCACCAGGGAUUGUUUUCGCCGACCCCAGGCCGACCCAGGUUCCGGACGAUGCUAUACUCAGAGGGUCGUCGCAGGCGCCGACUAGAGUGCCAGCAUUCGAUAUGCCGGAUAACAGACGUUUGGAGCGGAGACGACGCAUCGGUACACGUGCCACUGAUCGUGACUGGCGCUGGCUAGACGACAUGAUGCAGGAGGAGCAGGUUGGUGGUGAUGACGAAGGCCAGGCAGAUCAUCGCCUUCGUCGAUCUUCUGCUAGACUACGGGCUGCUCGUGGUGGAGGAGCACCUCCCGUCCACCACGAUGACGAGGCAGGAUCGUCCCGUCGGCACCCUACAGACACUCAUGUUGGUGGCACCGCGGAGGCUAGUAUGGGUGGUACACCUUUUACCCACGUAUCUAGCUCUCAGGUACUACAUGGGUGUAGCACACAGCUGUUAGCCGAUCUUGCUACCACUUCUUUCACCAUGGAUUUGGACGAUCAGUUGGGUAGACCCCAGUUCUAUGCGGAUUUUGCUGAGAUCAUACGGGGUGACGACGUUCAUCAGUACCAGAGCCCGAUUCCAGGCGGCCCUUCAGACCCUACGGAGUAUAGGCCACAGCCAGCGGAUACGCCUGAAAACCUGGUCCCUGAGACCCAGGUUCCUGAGACCCAGCUUCCGGUCGACUUGAAUGAGCCCGCAGGCAGCCCGUACGACACUUGGUUCGGGAUGGGGGGUCGCCACCAUCUGCAUUUGGAGUUGGGGCACAGGAGGCUCCGCCGGGAGAUCGGCGAGCGGCUAGGGUUAGGUGUCCAACUCGAUGUGGCACAGGCUCGCACCUACUUGGUCCAUUCGGAGGCGACCAUGAUGUUGACGGUGACCAACAGUAGCGUCCGAUUCUCUUAA